GACCUUCAUUAAGCAAAGCGGCGAAAUAACAGAUAACGAUUAACGAGGGAAGAAGGGAAAAGAGAAAAGUUUGAAGAUAAACAGAGAAAGAAUGGUGGGAGCCUCCUCUCUGCAACCUAGACUUCUCUCUUCUUUACUGGGAGAUUGCCUUGUUCAAUCGAAACAGCCUCUCUCUAAGCUCUUUCACUACAAUCCAGGAAGCAAAAAUGUGUCAAUGCAAUUAACCAGAGGACUUUCUGGCUUAACUGAUUUUCUGUUUAAUAGAAGAAAUCUAGAUGAAGUGCCAAAUAGCACACGCAAACGUCUAAGGCCUGGAAAAAUUUCUCCUCGUCGACUUGUCCCAGAUCAUAUACCAAAGCCCCCCUAUGUUAAAUCUCGGAAACCACCUGGAAUUGCAAGUGGACCUGAAGUGCAUGAUGAGAAGGGGAUAGAAUGCAUGAGAGCUUCAGGAAGGCUUGCAGCACAGGUGCUUGAGUAUGCUGCGACUCUAGUCAAGCCAGGCAUUAAGACAGAUGAAAUUGAUGAAGCAGUUCACCAGUUCAUAAUUGAUAAUGGAGCAUAUCCCUCCCCUCUUGGCUAUGGUGGGUUUCCUAAGAGUGUUUGCACAUCAGUGAAUGAGUGCAUUUGCCAUGGAAUUCCAGAUUCCCGUGCUCUUGAGGAUGGUGAUAUUAUCAAUAUUGAUGUUACAGUUUAUCUAAAUGGUUAUCAUGGUGAUACAUCAGCAACUUUCUUUUGUGGAGAGGUUGAUGAUGAAGCUAGAAAACUGGUUGAGGUAACUAAAGAAUGCCUUGAUAAAGCAAUUUCAAUUUGUGCACCAGGAAUGGAGUUGAAGAAAAUUGGCCAAACAAUACAUGACCAUGCAGAUAAAUUUCGUUAUGGUGUUGUCGAACAGUUUGUUGGCCAUGGUAUCGGACGUGUUUUCCAUGCUGAUCCAGUUAUUCUACACUAUAGAAACAAUUAUGAUGGACGUAUGAUGUUGAAUCAAACCUUCACUAUUGAGCCAAUGCUGACAAUCGGCAGCAUUAAUCCGGUAAUGUGGAACGAUAACUGGACAGUCGUUACCGAAGAUGGAAGCCUAUCAGCUCAGUUUGAGCACACCAUUCUAAUAACUGAAGAUGGAGCAGAGAUACUGACCCAGUGUUGAGAAGUGUAUUUACAGAGUAAAGUUGGUAGCUCCAUAUCUAUUCAUAUUGCUCAUUUUUAUUUUUACAUCAAAUAAAUGUGAUUGAAUUUGCCUAUUUCGAAUUAAAAUUUUGCAGCCAAUGAGGCAAUCUAUAUUCAUAUUGUUUCUGGGAUGCCAAUAUUAAUCAUUGAAGAGGCCUCCUGCAAAAAAUAGAUGAAUUUAUGUACCGUUAACUGUAAGAACGCUAAAUGCACCUUACCCUUGCUUUUUUGGUUAUUAAAAUUAGAUUAUUAGAGAAUAAUGUUUUCUGGUAAAUGAAUAUAGAAUUAUCAGACUGAUUCUGCUGAAAGAUAAUUCUUCUUGUUGCAACUGUUUUGUCCAGUUGUCAAGUAAAGCGAUACUAUGGUCUA